UAAUUUAAUUAUAAAGAAAGAACUUUCAACUAUCUUCUUCACCCUUAUAGACAGAGCCAUAAUCUCCAGAAUUCUCUCCCAUUUUCACCUCCAAACAACACUAUAUAUAUAUAUACAUGAACACCAUUCUCUGCUAGGACUAAAAACAAACACAUUACAAACAACACACACUCGAAAAUCUCAAUAAAUUUCCAUAUCAUAAAGCUUUUUCUUUGAUCAAAACAGUCAUGGAUUUCACGAACAACAACAUCAGACUAAUCACCCAACCACUCUUCUCAAUCCUCGAAGACAUGUUGGACGUCCCAGAAGCCGACCAGUCCACCGCCGAGAAGUCCCGGAACAACCCAUCCAGGGCUUACGUACGAGACGCCAAGGCCAUGGCGGCCACCCCAGCCGACGUGAUCGAGUACCCGAACGCCUACGCUUUCGUGGUGGACAUGCCCGGCAUCAAGCCCGCCGAGAUCAAGGUCCAGGUCGAAGACGACGGCGUUUUGGUCGUCACCGGAGAACGGAGGCGCGAGAGUGAGAAAGAUGAUGAGGGAGUUAAGUACUUGAGGAUGGAGAGGAGAGUUGGGAAGUUCAUGAGGAAAUUUUCUCUGCCGGAGAACGCUGACAAAGACGCCGUCUCAGCGGUGUGUAAGGACGGAGUUUUGACUGUUAGGGUCGAGAAGUUUCCGCCGCCGGAGCCCAAGAGGCCGAAGACCAUUGAGGUCAAGGUUGCUUGAAGUGAUGAUGAAAUUGUUAAGAAGCUUUCGUUUGAUAAAGUUUGAAUUUUUUUUGUCUUUCUUUUUAUAUGUAAUAAUAUUUGGAAUUAAUGUUUUUUUCUUUAA